AUGGUAGCUUGGAAUGUCAGAGGUCUAAAUGACCCUAUUAAAAUAAAAGAAACUAGGGUGUUUCUGCAGCAGCAUGGUGUGGAUUUUUGUGCUCUUUUUGAGACUAGAGUGAGGGACCAUAAAGCUUCAAAUGUCCAGAAGAAGCUUGGUAAUAUUUGGAGCUGGGAGGAUAAAUAUGGUUUCUCUCCUAGAGGUAGGAUUUGGAUUGGCUGGAAGCCAGGUGUGGUAUCAGUUAAUGUAGUUAGGAAGACUGAACAAUGUGUAAUGGUGCAGGUUGCAAGUUUGGAGCAGAAUCAUGUUUUCUCUCUUAUUGUAGUGUAUGGCUUACAUACAAUUGCAGAUAGAAGACAGUUAUGGGUGGAUUUGAGGGAGAUGGUGGAUAAUGUUGAUUUUCCCUAUCUUAUAAUAGGUGAUUUUAAUGCAGUUUCUCGGGCUUCUGAUAGAAUUAAUGGGACCCUUGUAAGUGAAGCUGAAACAGUGGAUUUUUCAGAUUUUCUUAUGGAGGUAGGUGUUCUAGAAGCCCCUUGUUCAGGAGCUUACUACUCAUGGAAUAAUAAAGGCACUGUGAGAGAGGCUUGGGAGUCUACAGGAGACACUCGUAAACUUAAGAGUGUUUGGAAGAAAUUAAAGGCUGUAAAAGAGGCCUUGAAAAGACUUCAUAGCACACAUUACUCACAGGCUCAUCUAAAAGUAGAGGAGUUUAGAACUCAGCUUGAAAAUGUGCAAACAAGAAUGGCUAGCAGUGGUGAUGUGGAGCUUCAUCAGGAGGAGGAGGAGGAUCUGGUGAAUAAGCUGAGACAUUGGUCAGCUAUUGAAGAUAGUAUAUUGAGACAAAAAGCUAGAAUUAGAUGGCUUACUAUGGCUGAUGCUAAUACAAGAUUCUUCUUUAAUGCUAUUAAAGUAAGAAAAGCUAGGAAUAACAUCACUAUGUUACAGACUGCAACUGGAGAAUUGGUGAAUACAAGGGAUAUGAUUCAGGCUGAAAUUGUUGGUUUCUAUACCAAGCUCAUGGGCACUAGAGCUGAGUCCCUGCCUAGUAUUGAUCUGUACACAAUUAGAACUGGUAGGCAGUUGAGCUAUGAUGCUAGAACUAUGCUUAGUCAGUCAGUGACUCAUGCUGAAAUUGAUCAAGCUCUCUUCACCAUUGAUGAUAAUAAAGCACCUGGACUUGAUAGAUUUAAUGCUUUAUUUAUUUUUUAA